AUGCAGUGGGCGAGGAAGGCCGUCAACUACUACUCGUCCAUCAACCCGGCGACGCUCACGGGCGCCAUCGACGUGAUUGUCGUCGAGCGCCCCACCGAGUCCGGCGAUGUCGAGUUGGCGUGUUCUCCCUUCCACGUCCGCUUUGGAAAGCUGAGCGUGCUACGACCAGUCGACAAGAAGGUCCGCAUCCAUGUCAACGACGAGCGCGUGCCAUUCUAUAUGAAGGUUGGCGAGACGGGAGAGGCCUUCUUCGUCUUCGAGACCGAGGCGGACGUUCCUGCCGACAUGCAGACCAGUCCUCUCAGCGGGCCAGUGUCGGACGAUGGCAGAAGUGACAACGGCGAAGGAGACAUUGAAGCGCUCGACCUCGACGCUCCGGCUGUUGAAGCGGAACCCAGGGAGGCAGACGAGGACCAACCUUUGACGCCGACACCUUCGAAUCCCUCCUCUCCCAACUCGUCUCGCUACGUCUCCCUCGCCGGCACACAAGCCAACUCGCCGACCGUCCCCUUCCGUUCCUUCCCUCCUACACCUUUCUUGCCGGCAAACUCCCACUCACGAUCAGCCUCGAUCGACCAUGUCACAGCCGAGCCUUUGACAGAGUCGCCUGCGGACGAAGUGGACGACCCGCACGAGACGGCGAGGAAGAAGGCGACUCAUGUCCCUUCUCCAGUCGCGCGGGCAGCCGAGAAGGCUGCAGGGAUCGGCGCUGCGGCUUUCAACAAGCCGGCGCAAGGACUUCACGACGCGAGCCUUCGUCGGCAGGUUAAGGAGGAGGCGUCAGGCGGGAAGACAGGUCGAAGACGGUCAGCGCGAGACGAGUACGACUUGAAGGGCGAGCCGGCGGAGGUAGGACAGCCCGACGACCGCCUGCAGGCCGGUCUGAACGGUUUGAGCCUCGAGGAACACCGGGAGGGACAACAGCCGACAGAUACGAGCGAGGAAACGGGUGAUGCGGUCAUUCGCGCGGCUCGGCACCGCAACGCCGACGUUCGCGCCCUUCUUGGUGGAAAGGACGGCCUCGGAGACGCUGUUGACGGGACUGGCGACCGACGGCCCAGCUUCUCGACUAAGCGGUUCCCAACCGGCGAGCUCAAGAUUAACUCGGACCAGCUCUUGCGCGACGCGCAGGGUCACGAGUACGGCGGCGCGCCCGAGGACACAGGUGCUUUGAUGCUUGACGUUAGCGGGUACAAGCUGGAGAGCGAGAAGGACGAGGAGAAGGGCAAGCUGAAGGGCGCGGAGCAGGAGCUGCGGGAUGUCAACAGGCUGGAGCUGGACGAGAAGAGCGAAAAGGAGGUCAUGCUCUUCACCCAAGCGCUGCUGCAGUCGACCGAUCCCAGCACCCUUCGUAACCUCUUCGGCGACGACGAUCCCACCUCUCGAGCGAGCUCGCCCGUUCCCCCUCUUGACCUCGACAAAGCAGACGACUCGUCCGAACGCAGAAUCGGCCCUCGUCCUCGCGCCAGCUCUCCCCGGCCAGUCUCCGUCUCCGACCUCCAGUCCAUCCACGCCGAGUCCGACAUCGCUUCUUCACCCGACGACGGCGUAUAUCACGCCACGCCGAAGCAGUUUACGCUCAGGACGGGCGGGACGGUUCACGUCUUCGAGCUGAGCCUGUGCGGAACGGAUGCCUUCGCGCAGGUCAACAAGACCGUCGCCGACCGCCUCUUUGCCGAGCACCAGAUCACGUUCAACGAGUUCCUCGAGCAGGACUCGAUUUCGGAUAAUCCCGACCUCGUCGUCAAAUACGCUGGCCGCUACCUCACCUGGGACAACGCCUCACCUGUUCUCGCAUCCCUCGCCGUCUACCGCAAGUCGCUCGUCGCGCACCCGGAGCACCACCGUCACGCCGACACGACGACCGACGAGCAGGGCAAGACGCACCGGCGAGGCUGGAGCUUGUGGUGGGGACGAAGCCGGACGAGCACUGCCGACACCAUGUCGACCGCCAGCGCGCCCAUUGGCGAGACCUCCCCGCCGACAAGUCCGCCCAUCAGCCCUCCCGGCACGCCCAAGUCCUUGCCCGUCUCGGACGCAAACGACUCGGUCCCUCCGCUCCCUCGCCACGACGACGACGAGUUCCCGCCCGAGGACCACAGCAAGCACUAUGCUAAGACGCUGCGCUUGACGUCGGAUCAGCUGAAAACGCUAAAGCUGAAGAAGGGCAUGAACACGAUCUCUUUCUCGGUCCGCUCGUCGUACUCUGGCAUCGCAACCUGCUCCUCGCGCGUCUUUCUGUGGGAGUCGGACUUCCAGGUCGUCAUCUCCGACAUUGACGGUACCAUCACGAAGUCCGACGCGCUUGGCCACGUCUUCACGAUGAUCGGCCGCGACUGGACGCAUCUCGGUGUCGCCAAGCUCUACACCGACAUCAGCCGCAACGGGUACAAGAUGAUGUACCUCACGUCCCGCGCCAUCGGGCAAGCCGACACGACGCGCGAGUACCUCAAGGGCAUCAAGCAGAACGGCUUCCAGCUUCCGGACGGCCCCGUCAUCAUGAGUCCCGACAGGCUGAUGACUUCGCUUCAUCGCGAGGUGAUCAUGCGCAAGCCCGAAGUUUUCAAGAUGGCGUGUCUGCGUGACAUCCAGCGCCUCUUCGGCGACCGCUCCCCCUUCUACGCCGGCUUCGGCAACCGCAUCACGGACGCGCUGUCGUACCGCAGCGUCGACAUCCCGUCGUCGCGCAUUUUCACCAUCGAUUCCAACGGCGAAGUCAAGAUGGAGUUGCUCGAACUUGCAGGCUACAAGUCGUCGUACAUACACAUGACCGACCUCGUCGACCAGAUGUUCCCGCCAAUCAACCGCACGAACGCGCCCGAGUACACCGACUUCAACUUCUGGCGAGCGCCGCUGCCCGCCUUCGACAUCGACAUCCCCGAACUCGCGCCUCCUUCGCCCGCCCUUUCCGCCCGCUCCGACCAGUCGACUUCGCGCAUCUCCCUUUCGCGUCUCGGUAACCUCGCCAGCUCCCUGUCACGCCGUUCCUCCCGCAACGCCCUUAACGAUGCGUCGUCCGUCACGUCGGGCGGCACGAACCGCAACGUUCGCGGUGCGACGCCAACCAGCCCGCUUCUUCAGGCCACCGUGCCCGAAGAACACGGCGACGAUGAGGCGGAGAUCGGUGAUGACGAGAGCUUCCUCGGCAACCGCAGCCGCAGCUCGUCCAUGCCCGGCAGCUUCGACGAGAGCGACUUUGACCGGUACCGCGCGAUGGCAGGCGACCGCAGCGGCGCCAAGUCGACGACGAGCGAGGCCGAGGCGUACAAGAAGAAGGUGCAGGGAGGAGGGCAGGACGCGGACGAGGAGGAAGAGGAGGACGAGGAAGUUCCCGAGGACAUGGAUGCGGAGGUCGACGACUUUGGCGACCAGCUCGACUUUUCAAGCGUGCCGUACCUCUGA